AUGCAGGCCCCGGCGGAGGGGGAACCUGUGCCCCGGCUGUCGCUCGAUGAGGAUGCGCUUUUUCUCGCGGCGGAGAAGUUCGACUGGGCGGAGGACGUGGAGGAGGCGAUGGUGCUGGACGGCCUGGACGACGACGGCUGCCUGAGCCGCAUCCUGCUGGAGAACAGCUCGCCCAAGGCCCCGCCCCUGCAGCUCAUCGCGUCAGUGGGCUCGUCGCGGCGCCGGCGCGGUGGGCGCGGCUCGGGCCGCAGGGGGCGCGGGGAGGGGGCGUCGGCGGAUGCGGGGAGCGGCGAGGAUGCGAAGAAGAAGGGGGCCGGAGGCAAGGAGGGGCAGCCCAAGGGCGGGAAGGCUGGCAAGGGAGGGAGGAGAGGGGACCGGCGCGGCGGAGGAGGCGGAGGGAAGGGGCAGGCGGGUCAGCAGGAGGCCAGGCCGCCGCUGUCUGGUCGGGGCCAGUCCAAAGGAACGCCGAGAUCCGCGCGCGGACAGCAGCCGCAGAGGUGCCACAGCGUAAACGACAACCGGACGACGGCCAUCUGCAGCCCCCGAUACAGCGGCGGGCCCGCCAGUGCGCGGGGGAGCGGGUCGAAUGGAGGCAGCAUGAGCGCCAGGGGACCGCCGCGCCACGGCAACGGCAGCCAAAGCGCGCGGGGCAGCGGCAGCCAGAGCGCCCGGGGCUCCCGCGCCGAUCGAUCGUCCAAUUGGAACGCGGACAAGGGCACCGGAUCGAAUGGCAGCGACAGCCAUCGCUCGAACAAGGGUCCCGGUGGCGGGGCGUUUCGGGGGCAGCCGCCCAGGACGCCGCGGCGAGGGGGCGAGCGGUCCGGCGGGCGGGAUCGGGAGUGGGCGAAGGCCAGCGGGAGGCAGACGACGGAGAGCCCUGGCAGGAAGAACCGUGAAGAGGCGUUUGGCGGAGGGGCUCGCGGGGGCAGUGGGAGGCUGUGCAGGAGGGAGCCACUGGGGAGCCACAAUAGGGAUGUCUGCACAACUGCGGGAUCAGUGCAUUGA